AUGCUCUUCCCCCUGAUAGGUCGCGCGCAUCAGGAAGCGUUUCUCACUUUCCCAAGCGACGACCUCCAAAAGCACCGGUGCGAUAUUAACGUUACCGCUCACCGUGCCAGCAUCUCUCAUCCGUGUGUCGGGGCCGUGUCUCCGUUACUUGCGAACAUUCCCGCUGCGUUUGAGAGCGUUUGCCCGCAGACCCCGCGAUAUGGCCGCGUACAAGCUGGUGCUGAUCCGCCACGGCGAGAGUUGCUGGAACCAGGAGAACCGGUUCUGCGGCUGGUUCGAUGCCGACCUGAGCGAAACCGGAGAGGAGGAGGCCAGGAGGGGUGGACAGGCCCUGAAAGAUGCGGGUUAUGAGUUUGACGUCUGCUACACGUCCGUGCUGAAGCGAGCGAUCCGCACGCUGUGGCUGGUGCUGGACGGCAUCGAUCAGAUGUGGCUGCCGGUGAACCGCACCUGGCGUCUGAACGAGCGCCACUACGGCGGCCUCACGGGCCUCAACAAGGCCGAGACGGCGGCCAAACACGGCGAGGCGCAGGUGAAGAUCUGGAGGCGCUCCUUCGACACCCCACCGCCAUCCAUGGACCCCGACCACGACUUCUACACUGCCAUCAGCAAGGACCGGCGCUACGGGGACCUGACGGAGGACCAGCUGCCCUCCUGCGAGAGCCUGAAGGACACUAUCGCUCGAGCUCUGCCCUUCUGGAACGAGGAAAUCGUUCCUCAAAUCAAGGAGGGCAAGAGGGUUCUCAUCGCUGCCCACGGAAACAGCUUGCGAGGCAUCGUCAAACACCUGGAGGGAAUGUCAGAGGAGGCGAUUAUGGAGCUGAACCUUCCCACAGGAAUCCCAAUCCUUUACGAGCUGGACAAGAACCUGAAGCCCGUGAAGCCCAUGCAGUUCCUGGGAGACGAGGAGACCGUCCGCAAAGCAAUGGAGGCCGUCGCCGCUCAGGGCAAAGCCAAGAAGUAGGCCGAGACGUCCCGUAUUCUAGCUCUUAUUUCCCACAAUCAGUAUUUUAACCAUGAGCCUAGAACCAAACCAUUGACCAAUCAUUUAUUUCCUAAUGCUCUCAAUCGGGACCAUGCUAAUAAAGUUCAACCGUUACUGCUUGAA